CCUAGUUACUCCAGCAAAGAUUUACCACAGAGACCCGCGCUCUCGCGCCCAACAUCGUUUUUUAGCGUUUCAUGUUCUAAACAAAUGAAGAGAUGGGCGGAAAGAAACAAGAUGAAGAAGAGCAGAACAGCUCCGAGUACGGUUCACCAUCUCAAUUUGACCCCAAAUUCAAUGGCCCCAUUCACAACCGGAGCUGUACAGAUAUCAUCUGCUGUAUUCUCUUCAUGCUGGUCAUCGCUGGUUAUAUGGUGGUAGGAAUUCUGGGUAAAUUUACUGUCUUAUUAAAUCUCUCUCUUAAAUCUCUCAAGGUACUUUAUUGGCAUGAUUGCGUGUUCUUACCAUAUUGCCAAAGCAUUGAACAUAUAACAAAAGACAUACAUUAAGUACAAACAUUAGAGUAAAAUUAAAAUAAGGUGCCGAGUAAGGCAUAAAUAUAGAAUAUAGAAGUACACAGUAAGUAAACAAAUGCAGAAAGAUGAGAAUGGAAUGAAAGUAAAGAGUGUAAGAGAUGAAGGCAGCUGAUAGAUGAAUGUGUGUCUCUUCUCCUCAUAACAUCUGCAUCCGCUCUGUUUCUGAACACCUAACAAACUCAUUGUGUGAAAGGGUUUCUCUCUCACAUCUUUAAAUGGAUCACAGUGAAGGAGAGAGUGUGUCUCUGUCUCCACCUCACCAGUGUCACGGUGUUUGUCUGUGUGUGCCGCUCUCUACGGUCAGACUGUGAUCGC